GAGAAGACUCCUGGAGUGGAAGGUAUUCCAAUAGCUAGGGUCUUGUACAAAAGAAGAGGUUUCUCCUGUGAAGUGGCGACUCCCCGAGCAGAAGAUACUCCCGGAGCCUGGACCCCUUCCACGAGACAGUUUUAUAGAGACGAGAAGACUCCUGGAGUGGAAGGUAUUCCAAUAGCUAGGGUCUUGUACAAAAGAAGAGGUUUCUCCUGUGAAGUGGCGACUCCCCGAGCAGAAGAUACUCCCGGAGCCUGGACCCCUUCCACGAGACAGUUUUAUAGAGACAAAAUAACUCCUUGAGCCAAGGUUACACUUCCGGAACCAAAACUCCUGGAGCCCUGAUUCCUCCGAGGUGAAACGACUCUGAGGGACAGCACAGUGAAGAUUCUUUGGAGCAUUUAUAACUUGGGUCUAAUCUCAGUUUUGAUUGACAUUCCUGAGUUAUUCCUCCUCCAUAGAUAUCACAUUGAAGCCGUGAUAUAGACAAGACAAUACCUAGAGCAGAAGGACCUCCUAGAGGGUGAAGAUAGUCAUAGGAGCAGAUCCUCCUCCUCUUACAAUUAUUCAAGAAGGAACAAUUACAAAGACAUUCAAGAUCUAUAUAGACAUUUUGAAUUUAUUUGUAUUAUUAUUUUACAUUGGAAUAGAGUAUAAAAUCCCUGUAUACUAUUGUUAUUUUGCCAUCUUGAAAGGUAACUGCCGUACCACCAAAUUAGGUCGGCACCCAAAUACAACACCUCAAAGAUCCCUUAUAUCGUCCCUGGCCUUUCUCUGAAGUUGAGAUACAGGGUACUCCUUGGAAACGUCCCGGCGCGACAUUGGUGGCCUCGGUGGGAUCUGUUGUCUUUAAAAGAUGGCUGAGAUGUCACAGAAGUUGGAGCGUACCCCAGAGAUAAGGGGUCAAGAGAACUCCAAGCUCACUGAGAUGAUGAUGACUGGCUCUCGGGGAAAAAGGGAACAAGAGGAAGCAGUGAGGACAACCCCACCAGUCGACAAGUUUCAAUUGGAGUCUACAGUGCUCUUCAAAGGAGACGGGUUGGCUCCUUAUGUGCAUGCAGGUGAUGACACAAUUCCUUUGGAUCCAGAUGACCCCAGAGCUGAGCGGACUCCAGAGAGAAGAUUCCAACAACUACCCACAGAGAGGCAGAUGAGGAUGCAUCCUGGUCUUGAAGGGACUACUGGGUACUGGUCUUCAACUCAGCUCCAGAGAGAUGUUCGUACACCCCCUGGCCUUGGAAGAGAAUUCGGAGAGGGAGCGAGGCUGAGACAUAGAGGGCAGUAUCCUCUUACCUCCACACUGAUACCAGAGAGGCAGAAGGAUGAACAAAUACUCCUCGAGAGACAGUUGGACUCCACACAAUCCCAGGUUAUGGCUAUACAGGGGAGCCUUGGAACGCUCAGAUCAGAUGUUGGGAGAAGGCUGCAAGUUCAAUCUGAAGAGAUGGUCAGUCUCCAUGUUGAACUCGGUAAACUGGCGAACGUGGUGAACCAAGGUCAAGAGGAGGCUAAGAAGAGCAGAGAAGGAAUGGAGGCUUUCUUGAAAGAGAUGAAUGCUACCCUAGGGCAGAUGAGCCAAGCUCCUCCACCGGUGUCCCGGAUGGUGAAUCCCUCUAGGGUUGAGAUGGUAGGCGAUCCGAGAUCAGC